AUAUAGGACUAUAGUGACUAAUUUCAAGAAAUGCGUAAUGUAGGCAAGAAACAAAAUAAAAAUGUUUUAACAGUUUCAGAAUUCUUCAAAUAGUACAUACAUUAUAUAGGAUUAUUUAAACAAUUCAACAUGGCUUGUGAUUUGUUUUCUACGUAAUUGUACAUUUAAAAAAUAGUAAAAAGAUAAUUUGCCAAAAUCAUUUGCCAUCUGAUUUAAUGCCUAUAAUAUAUAAUAGUAUUUAAAUUUAAUUACUUACUCUUAUUUUAUAAGAAAUGGCGAAUUGAUGUGGUAUAAUACUAUGUUGAUAGUUCUUACUGAUAUUAUACUUUGCAAUAAAUUCAUUUUUGAAUUAAAUUCUUAAAGUUCCUUAAAUAAGUGUAAAAUGAGAUAUUGGAAAGUCUUUAAAAGUAUUUUUGUAAUGGGUUUUAUAGUAAGUGUUAUGUGGCUAAUGUUUUCAUGGAGCAGUAUGGAGUUAAUCAGAUAUGCGUCAAUGGAUCCUAGAAGUAUUCCAAUAACUGUUAAAAAUAAAUUAUGUCAUGUAAAUUACAAUGAUGAAAGAGUGUUUAUAAAUAAUAGUUCAGAUUUAAAAAUGAUAUACUAUGUAACACCAACCUACCCAAGACCAGAACAAGUGCCAGAGUUGACAAGACUUGCUCAUACAUUGAUGCAUGUACCAAAAAUUCAUUGGAUAGUAGCAGAUGACCAAUCAUUAUGUUCAAAAGAUGUUGCUAAUAUUCUUAGACGUACUGGCCUGCCAUAUACACACAUAUCUAGUCCAAAGCCAUAUAUAUAUAAAGGAACAAACUUCCCUCGUGGAGUUGCAAAUCGUCGUGCUGCACUCUCCUGGCUUCAAGAAAAUGCAGAUGAAGGAGUUCUUUACUUUGGAGAUGAUGAUAAUACUAUUGAUCUACAAUUAUUUGAUGAAAUCAGACUUACUAAAAAAGUAUCAAUGUUUCCUGUAGGCCUGAUAGGAGAUUAUGGUGUUUCUUCACCUGUUGUCAAGGAUGGGAAGGUGGUCGGGUUUUUUGAUUCGUGGCCUGGUUCAAGAAUGUUUGCAGUUGAUAUGGCUGGAUUUGCUGUGAACAUUGAGUUUCUAAAGCCCUCUGCUAACAUGCCAUACAUUGCUGGCCAUGAAGAGGACAGAUUUUUGGUUAGUUUAGGAUUAAAAUUGGAAGACAUUGAACCUCUUGCUGCUAAUUGCUCGAAGGUACUUGUCUGGCAUACAAAAACAGUUAAAUAUAAGAAGCCAACAUUACGUGUAGAUAUUAAAAAGUUAGAUGAUGUUAAUGCUUAUAAAUAUUUUGUUAAUCUUCUUAAAGAAAUUAGCAGGCUAGGUAUGGCAAGCAUCAGUAAUAGCAAUGGCACUAAGCCUUACAUAACAAGAAAUAGAAAAUCCUAUGAAACUGUAGCUGGCUUACACUAAUUUUUUGACUAAACUAUAAUCUAUAUGAAAAAAGUUCCUUGCUUUUUUAUAAUGUUGAUUCUUCAAAUAUAAAACUAUUAGAUAUAUGCUGUAUAUAAGCAGUAUAUGUCUGCCAUGGUCAUGUGUGACAGACACAAAUAUAUUAUAUAUUUGUCUGUAAAGAAUUUUUAAAGAAUAUUGUUCGAGAACAAAACCCUGAAUCAAAAUUCUCAAAUAGCUCUUCAAUGUGCUCAGUUUUGGGGCCCUUAAUAAAAGUGAUAAAAAAUUUUUAGUUGUCUGGAAAUAUGUGUAAUGUUAGACAAUUAGAGACCUAGAAUCUCAACAGACCUGUAUUAUGUGAUGAGAGAUGUAGUUGUAAAAAUAUGAUAUUCGAGCGUUUUAAUAUAUUACACGUUAAUCUCGUUUUUAAUCCUCAAGGCAUGAUCAUUUUUAUGUUUAAGUACAGUUUCUAUUUGACAAGACUUUAUCCUUUUCACUUAUAUUCAGCGCGUACUGACAGUUGAAUGUCUGUGGUAGUAACUUUUCACCGACUUGUAUUAUUAUACUCUAUAAUAUUGAGUAUAAUAAUACAAGUCGGUCUAUCGGGUCGGGUAUAAUAAUAGAGUCUAUAUAUAUGUAUAUAUUAUAUAAGUUAUCUAUAUAUAUAUUAGGUAUUCCUAUAAUCUGCAUUAUAGUGUUCUUAUACGAGUCAUAAAAAUAUUUUACUAUGACGAAUAGUAAAAUAUUUUUACUAUUAAUAUUAAAAUAAACAGUAUACAAAAAUAUUUAAUUUAUUAUUCUGUAAACAGUGUAUACUCUAUAAUAUAACGACACAGAAGGGACUGAGCAUUUUAUGUCGGUAUAGAUUUCCGUGAAAUGUCUUAUAGAAUAUUAUUUAAAUGCUAUUGCUUAUAGUAUUUAAUUUUAUCUGACGUCUUUGCUGCACCAGUGAUAUUGUUGUAAUUUUUAGGUAUUUCAUUUACAACUUGCGAUAUUCAUCAUAUAGUAUUUUAACGUCCGGCGGAAUCUCAGGCUCAGCCGUAUCAUCUUAAUCUUCUCCUUGAUUUUGAUCCUCAGUGUUUCUUACUGUAUUUUUGUACUGUACUCAACAUUUCUUUGUGAUACUCAUAUACUAAUAAUCAUGACAACAACAGCCUACACUUGCAAGCAAUCCCAAUUUGUAAACAAAAGAACAACUCAAAAAGUACUUUAUUGCUCAACUGUUGUCGUAAUUGAUAAUAUGCUAUGUAGAGUAUAUAUAUAUAUUAUAUGGAAGACUAGGCUAAAACAACUGAACAAGAAAAAACAAGAGCCAAUUGAUUUCGACGCUUUCGUUCGUUACAUGGAGUUUACACUGUAUUUUAUUCAUUUUAAAAUAAUAUUGAUGGAUUCAUAAAUUGAAGGACUUGUAGAUUGUGUAUUUUGGUAUAUUAUUAAAGGUAUCAUGAUUUUUAUUAGAGUAGGAAAACAUUAGAGGUACAAUUCUAGAUAGGCAAUAAAUUAUACGUCCUAACGAUACUUAAAUAAUAUUAGCCUAUUAAAAUUGUACAAAUGGAGGAAAGAUCUACCAUAAUAUUGAGUUAUCACGUGAUGCAGCCGAAAAUGCAUACGCAUAGCACAAGUACAGAGCAGAUUGGUUACGAAUGACGUUUCCGUUUGUCAGUAAAUGUCUAGAAUUAAGAUUUUUGUAUGACAUUGGGUGCUUUGGUGCUUCACCAAAGCUGUCGAUUGAUCGAUGAAAGAUGUCGAUUAAAAUAAAACAGCAUAUUGUCGAAAUUAAUUUAUUAGUCCAUAGAAACAAAAGUAUUGUUUAUACACUCAAUUAUUACUACAGAGAUCGCAGGUUCGGUCUUAGGCUUCACCAAUGGACUUUUGUAUGCGCAAAUUUAACUCUCGCUUAUGCUGUGUCAGGCGCAGAAUACCGAUUUUCUAUUAAAAAAAUUAGGUUACAGAUAAAACUGAGGCCCAGAACAACAAGUUUGUAGUGCCACUGGUUUUUUUUUAUGUCAAAUGUACCUAAGUAAUUGACAUGUUAAAUAAUUAUAACGAGCAUAUAAAAUUUGUAUUAUUACUUUGUAGAAUUGUGAUAAAUUUUGAUACUACCACACGAUUCUCCUCUUUGCUGGGUCACGACUGUCAAAAGCGUCUUUGUCUCAAUCCCCAGUUUAUAGUUAUCAGUGAUAGCGUUUAUUGUUACAAAAUAACGUGAUGAAUAAUAAUUAGGCUUAAACACUCCUUCUAGUCCUCGUUGUUGUCGUUUUUGUUAAAUAUACCUGAAGAUAUUUAGAAGAAUCUCUUUGAAUCUCAAAAAUGUUUGAAAAACACUUUAUUUGUUAUUAAUGACCUGAUGAUUUUAUUUAUAAUAUUAGCCUAUAAAAAUUGUACAAAUGGAGGAAAGAUCUACCAUAAUGUUGAGUUAUCCCGUGAUGCAGCCGAAAAUGUAUACGCAUAGCACAAGUACAGAGCAGAUUGGUUACGAAUGACAUUUCCGUUUGUCAGUAAAUGUCUAGAAUUAAGAUUUUUGUAUGACAUUGGGUGCUUUAGUGCUUCACCAAAGAUGUCGAUUGAUCGAUGAAUGAUGUCGAUUAAAAUAAAACAGCAUGUUGUCGACGCGUUUACGUGCGUUCAAUAAUUAUAUGAAAAAUAAAAUCUGAAUUAGAUAUUAAAUAAAGUUAUAAAUUAUUGCUUUAAUCACGUAACAUUUCAAAAGUUUUGUUUGAAUCGCAGUGCAAUACUAAUUAAGUUAAUGACUUGGUAGAGAUGAAUUGUGGUUGCUUAGUAGUGAAUUCAUUUAUUCGUAAGUGCUCUGAAAUUUCGGAAAUACAUUUUUUUCUAGGUGGUUGCACCUACACUUGUCUAAAACGAUGACAUAAUCGGGAGCUGAUCACGUACUUGUUUAUAAAAGAUAAAAUUAUAGAACAGAUGCAAUAUAAGGCUAUACCCAACCAAUAUAGGGUUGAGAAGCAUCUGGAUGAUUAAUAAUUUUAAGGGUAGUUCACUAUAUAAAGAACAACUGUUGUUGUGAUUGUGGUAACAAAUUUCGGUUUUUAAAUAGUAAUGGUCGCAUUGUUAAUAUGUGCUAGUUAUUUUACAUUCCCGAACAAAUUUAUUCCAUUUUAUGCCUGUUGU